CUCCGUGUGAGUCCUAAAAGGAAACGCGUGUCCUGCUGUUUUCUUCGCAAAUAUCAUCAAAGUGUUGCACAGGCUGUCGUCUUCUGUGAAUAAGCAACUUUUAUUUCAGAGACAUGGCUGCCUCUAAUUACUCCCUGAAGGUCAACAGGGACCUCUUGGACCCCAAUUUUGAGAGUUACAGGUUGUCUCUGGACGCUAUACCAACGUACAACGUUCAGCUGGAUGCAGCUGUGGAGGAGGUGAAGUUGAAGGAUACUGAGUACACUCUGGAGCACAUGCGUGCUUUUGGCAUGUACAACUACCUGCACCUGGACCCUUGGUAUGAAGACAGUGUGUUGUUUGUGGACUGCAACGGUCGAGUUCUGAGUCUCACCGUAACUUUGGACACGGCUCUGGGAAAACCCAGAGAGGUGUACCGUCUAAGCGCCGAUCCCAGCCGGUGUGAGGACCGUCUGUGCGCCUCCCUCAGCUGUACCUCGGCGACCUGGGCGGCUCUGUCUGACGGCAGCGGCCGGCUGAUCCUCCUCCGCACCGGAAAGAGGGGAGACGGCUCUCACAUGAAGUGGGAACCGCUGUUCAGUGAAGACAUGGGGGAACCUUUCACCAUCCUCCACAGCACCUCACACGUCCAGGCUGGCGUCCAUGUCGUGGAGGUUUUGCUGCUUGGCAUCCAGAAGGACCCAGAGGAAACCAAAGGGAGUGGAUACUCAGUGUCGCUCAAGUGGAUCACUGUUGCCAGCGCUGCAGGACACGGUGAAGAGAAGAAGUAUGAGGUUAGGAAGAGGAGGGUCCUCAGGGGGAAGUCGGUGCCUCACUAUGCAGCAGUGGAGCCACAAGGGAAGGGGCUGAUGGUGGCCUCCGAGAAGCCGUUCAUCUUCACACAUGUGGAUGGCCGUCCUGUAGAGCAGCCCGAACCACAGCCAAUGGAGGUGGAGAAAACAGAUCCCAUCUACUUUUGGCAGCAGACGACGGAGGACAUCACGAUUUGUGUGCGCAUGCCCGAGGGCAUCACUAAACAGGAGGUGUUGUUCAGGGUGACGGUGGACAGCGUGAGCGUCGGCGUUCAGGGUUUCGCUCCCCUGCUGGAAGGUCAGCUGCAUGCAUCUGUGGACCCCGAGGCCUGCACCUGGAUCAUCAGGGAUGAUAAAAGCCUGGAGGUGACCCUGCAGAAGCGCAGUGAGGGACCCAUGUGGCCAGAACUGGUGAUGGGCGACAGGAGAGGGGAGUUCGUGAUGACUGACGAGCAGGCCGCCCUCAUUCACGAGAGACUGACCCAUCUCACCUCUGAAGACCUGAAUGGAAACCCUGACAGCAACAAGCCCCCCUGUAACUCUCAGGAACUGGAGGACUGUGAUGGCUUUCCAGAAGAUAGCUCCAGCCUCACACACUUUGAUGAAGAAUCGCUCCAGCCUACUCAGGUGGUGAACCUCGGGAGCCAUCAGUACCUGUUCACGGUCGACGUGGACCCGUCUGAAAUGCCCUGCCUCUGCCUCCGACAUGAUGUGGAUGCUCUGGUGUGGCAGCCUCGUCCUAACCAGCCCGGUAACAUGUGGGAGCACAUCGCUACCUUCCACGCUCUGGGUUACGUCCAGGCAUCCAAGCGGGACAAGAAGUUUGCUACCUGCGCUCCAAAUUUCUCCUACGCGUCUCUUUGUGAGUGUCUCCGCCGAGCGUUCAUCUACCGCCAGCCUUCGCCGGUGGAAACCGUCCUCUUCAACAGGAAGCAGGGUCGUCAGGUAGGACAGGUUGCCAAGCAACAGGUGGCCAGCCUGGACUCCGACAAACCAAUCCUGGGCUUCAGAGCAACCAAUGAGAGACUGUUCAUCCUGACCUCCACUAAUCUCUUUGUUCUAAAGGUCAACAAUAAUUAAAUCGAAGCCUCUUGCAUGUCAUUAGCCUGCGAGGGUGGAACCAUUCCAACCUGAAGAUCUGUUAUCGUCUGUCUUUAUGUCCAAGAAAUGAUGUUCUGAAACUCAAAUGAUGAAAAUAAACAUUUUCUAGAGUG